AUGGGCAGCAAUACUCUCUUACGGAGGUGUACUAUAUUAUCUAGACGACAUCUCAGGACGUCCGGAGAGAGAACACUUGCUACUCAUGCCCCGCUUCCGGAGAAGGACUGCUCGUCCAUCACGCCCCCAUAUACUCACCUGCAGGAGAAGCUGGCUCUUGUCCGACAAAUUCUUGGAAAUAGGCCUCUGACGUUCGCAGAGAAGAUUCUCUACAGUCACAUCACGGAUCCCGAACGGAGUCUCGCCGAUGGUCGACUCAAUCGUGGGGAGACCUAUCUCCAGCUGAGCCCGGAGAGGGUAGCUAUGCAGGAUGCAUCUGCACAGCUGCAGUUCAUGAGUGCCGGGAUGACAAGCUGUGCUGUACCAACCAGCAUUCAUUGUGACCACCUUAUCCAGGCUAUUGAUGGCGCGGAAGCAGACCUCAAGCGGUCCAUCGUGUCAAACCAAGAAGUGUUUGACUUCCUGGAAAGCGCGGCGCGCAAGUAUGGUAUUGAGUUUUGGAGACCCGGCUCCGGCAUUAUCCACCAGAUUGUGCUGGAGAACUACGCUGCUCCGGGAAUGCUAAUGCUUGGGACAGACUCGCACACGCCAAAUGCAGGUGGACUCGGCAUGCUUGCCAUCGGAGUGGGUGGUGCGGACGCUGUUGACGCUAUGACUGGAACGCCUUGGGAGCUGAAGGCCCCUAACAUUGUUGGUGUACACCUCACGGGCAAGUUUUCCGGCUGGGCAACACCGAAGGACCUGAUUCUGCACUUGGCUGGGAAACUGACCGUCCGAGGUGGUACUGGCCGAAUCCUGGAGUAUUUUGGGUCCGGCGUGUUCAAUCAGUCAUGCACAGGUUUAGCCACCGUGGCCAACAUGGGCGCAGAAGUCGGAGCAACAACGUCCACGUUCCCUUACACACCCGGCAUGCGUGCCUACCUCAUCGCAACCGGGCGCGCUCCAGUAGCGCGCGCUGCUGACGAAGCAGCUUCUGCGGGAUUCCUCCGUGCUGACGAGGGUGCGGAAUACGACGAGGUCAUCGAAAUUAACCUGUCUGAGCUGGAGCCGAGUAUUAACGGACCCUUCACUCCUGACCUUGCAACUCCUGUGUCAAAGUUCGGGUCAACUGUGAAGGAGAACGGCUGGAAGGAUGAACUCUCGGCUGCACUCAUCGGCUCGUGCACCAACAGCUCAUAUGAGGACAUGACAAGCGUAGCUGACCUCGCCAGGCAGGCGAAGGAGGCAGGGUUGACGGUCAAGGUUCCUUUCCUUUGCACACCUGGAUCUGAACAGAUCCGGGCGACCAUGGAGCGCGAUGGCGUGACCGGCGCAUUGCAAGACGUCGGUGCUGUUGUACUAGCGAACGCAUGUGGACCAUGCAUCGGCCAGUGGAAACGCGAGGAAAAGAAGAACGAAGAGAACGCUAUUCUGACUUCAUUUAACCGGAACUUCAAGUCUCGCAACGACGGCAACAGACUCACGAUGAACUUCCUCGCCUCACCUACUAUUGUCACGGCCAUGGCAUUCUCCGGCGAGCUUUCGUUCAACCCAAUGACGGAUAGCAUUCCCACGCCCUCUGGAAAGCCGUUCAAGUUCGCGCCCCCCUCAGGACAGGACCUCCCCUCGGCAGGAUUCACACCCGGACAGACCACAUUCUACCCGAGCCCAACGCCGAAGCCCCAGCCGGACACGGAGGUUGUCAUCCGGAACAACUCACAGCGGCUCGAGCUCCUUGAACCGUUCCCCAGUCCUUUCGGCGAAGGUAGCGCGAACAACAGGGGCUUGGAGCUACCGCGUUUGAAGGUGCUCAUGAGGGUUCGAGGGAAAUGUACCACGGAUCACAUUUCUGCUGCGGGCCCAUGGCUCAAGUACAAGGGACAUUUGACCAACAUCUCAGAGAAUCUUCGUAGGUUCUUCCUGGCCACGAACGACGAAGGGGGAGACGUCAAUGUAGCAUUUGAUCACGACCACACGUCUUCCGAGAGCGAGACAGACACGAUCCCUAACGUCGCAAAGCGCUUCAAAGCUCGCAAGCAGCCGUGGGCACUGAUCGUUGACGAGAACUACGGCGAAGGUAGUGCGCGUGAGCAUGCAGCUCUCCAGCCUCGCUUCUACGGCUGCGCCAUGAUUGUCGCACGGUCAUUUGCGCGAAUCCACGAAACAAAUCUUAAAAAACAAGGUAUUCUGCCUGUAUUGUUCACCGACAAAAACGACUACAGCCGCAUCGACGCCGGAGACGUCGUUGAGACUGUUGGUCUUACCGAUCUGCUUAAUGGAGUUUCUGAUGCCAGCAUCAAACUGCGUGUCACUAAAAGGAUUGGCGACGUCUUUGAAGUUGCGACCAAGCACACGAUGUCAAGCGACCAGCUCAAAUGGCUGCGUGCGGGCUCAGCUCUCAACCACAUUCGUUCCCAGAUCAAUUAAAUUGGGUAAUUCUUCCUCGAUUUAGCAGGGUACCUACACUACGGAAAAUGUAUAGUAACUACUACAAAGUGCAAUCAUCUCGAAAAUGCUAGCAGAAACAGAGAAGUAAUUCCG